AUGGCUUGCAUUACAAGCGAGCUUCUUUACCUGGAUGGUGAGCACAUUGUGGAUUUCAUCGGAGACAUUAAGAUGACGAGCAUCAUUGGACCACGCUACAAGCUGAGGGGAAUCCAAAGUUGUGGUUUGGGAGGUGCUGGCUUCAACUUGCCAGAUGCCGUGCAGCUGGGCACUGAGGGUGUUGAGCUGGAUGCUCUGGUGACUGCUCCUCAUCCGGGAGGCGGACAAGGUCGAUAUCUGGCAAAAGUGCUUGACAUCAAUCAGCAGCAGGUGCUCUUGGAGUGGAAGACGAGUCCAGCGGACUCACGCAGAAGAGAUUCUUUGGUAGGGAUUCGCAAUCCUUCCAUCUGGGAGCGCAUGUUUGCAGCGGCCAAGGGCGAAUCCUGGGCUUUCGAACCAAGUGUUUCUGCACAAGUGAUGGGUGUGCGGGAUUUGGCACAAGAUUCCGUGCAAAAGACUUUAAAGCAGGAUUUGCCAAGUGCUACAGCAGCGACGCUGCCCCAAGUGUACGACCAAGUGUCUAGAAUGCGCUUUCAAGAAAUCCAAGCCCUUGCAGCAGAAGGGCCUCAUGUUGAGCAGCCCUUGUGGUCCGGACAAAGGCUCGAGAUUCCUGCAAGCAUGGCUCCCACGCUGAAAGAGUGUAUGGUGAAGCGCUGCAAUGUCUAUCUUCGUGCUGCCCCAUCCAACCGGAAUUGCCCAGGUGGGCAUCACCUGAUGGAGGCAAAGCUUGUGGAGCCAGAAGAAAUGGAACUGCACACUCAGUGUGAUGCUUGCAGUGGAGGUAUUGAGCCUGGACGAGUUACUUUCACCUGCAGCAUGUGUGAUUUCGACAUUUGCCAAAGAUGCCGGGAAAUACCCACGCCAGAUAUGGUGCAGAAGGCGAGAGCGUCUUUGCAGAGAUUGGUUCAACAUGGCCUGUCGUCGGGUGGAGCCUUGCGAACACAUCUGGCAGUGAUUUCAUCACCAGGGAACUUGAGUGAGCAGCAAAGCAGCUUGGGAUAUCGCACGAGGAGUGGUAGCGGCGAUCGCGAAAGUUGCCUUCCGCUCACUGGGGCCUUGCACGACUGCUUGAAUGUGCAAAAGGCUUUUCAGAGUGGAGGAGCCAGGUUGCCGAACCAAACCAUCAUGAGCAAGACCUUUCCACGGGGCCAGCCCAAAAGCAUCUCAGAGAAAGAAGUUGUAUUGGAAAAAAUCACCAAAGCGACCAUCCUCCGAUCCCUUCGCUUUCAACUGAUGGUGGAGGACUUGGAUGUGUAUGUUUUGUAUUAUUCAGGUCACGGACAGGAAGGUUCUGGCACAUGGCUGGUCACCGAAGAUGAAAGCAUUUCUUUUCAAGAGCUUCUGGAACUCAGUCGGAGCUAUGCGGUCCCCUUUGGUAAGCUGCUGGUGGUGAUUGCCGACAGUUGCCACGCUGGAGCACUGUGCGAAGCCCACAAACAAGCCUUCCAUCAAGAAGAGGACCGACAGGCUGCCGCCAACCUCAUCGUGUUUGCCGCCACGCAACCAGACCUAGAUGCAGGCGAAAGCAAAGAUGGGGGGGACUUUACCUUGUGGCUGCUUACCCAGCUUGAUGUUCCUUUGUAUACCCUCUUUGAGAAAGCAAAACGUCAGGAAGUGAACCGACAUGGUGACCAUGACUUCGCAAUCUUUCACAACGUUAAGAAGCUACCUACACGGCCGCUGCAGAAACCCAUGGCCUCAGGGCUUUUGGCAUCUCCCACUGGGAGCGACUAG